AUGACGACUAUUGUAUCACCAACAACAAAACCAUCGAAACCAAAGAAUGAGCAAGCAGCAUCUGCUGCUACGAAUGAUACACCAAUUACUGAAGAAGAAUUAAAGAAAAAGGAAACACCUAUUACUAUUAGUGAUGUACUUCGAUUGAAAAAAGCUACGAAUGAAUAUUUAACAGAAACAGAUGAGAAUGUGUAUAAAAUUGAUUUUGUUCAUUUUCGUAUUCGUGAUAUGAAAACAAAUAAGGUUCUUUUUGAAGUUCAACGAGAUCCUGAUGAUGAGGAUGAAGCAAUUGAUGGCGGUGAUACAUCAGCUGGUCGUUUUGUUCAAUAUCGUUUUCCACCAGCAUUUCUUAAACUUAAACAAGUUGGCGCUUUAGUCGGGUUUAAAGUUGGUAAUCGUGAAGUCAAAUCUUUUCGCAUGGUUGAACGUCAUUUUUUUCGUGAUCAAUUGAUUAAAUCUUUUGAUUUUGAUUUUGGUUUCUGUCCACCAGAUACAACUAAUUCCAUUGAACAUAUUUAUGAUAUGCCUGAAAUUGAUUCGAAACAAAUUAAAGAAAUGAUUGCACAUCCAUAUGAAACAAAAUCGGAUAGCUUUUAUUUUGUUGACAAUCAAUUAAUCAUGCAUAAAAAAGCCACCUACGCAUUUGAUCUGGCAUAA